AUGAAGUUCAUCAUGUACUUUGGUUCUGGCCUGGUCAUGGCCGCCGCCGCCAUGGCUCAAGGCAAUAACCUCUCUGAAUGUGGUAGAAUCUGCAUUCAGAAUAUGCAGGGCCAAGCCACAGCUCUUGGCUGCACCGCUGGUGACAACGCCUGCCUCUGCCGCAACCCCAACUUCACCUAUGGCAUUCGCGACUGCUCGUACCAGUCCUGCCCUGGAGCUGCUCAGGCUGAGCAGGGAGUCGCAGCUGGCGUUGAGAUCUGUCGUGCUGCCGGAGUUGUCGUUGCGACCACUCCUGAGGCCACUGUUGUCAAGCCUACUGGCACUGCCACAGUUAUCGUUCCCCCCGUCGUCUCUACUAUUUUCUCUGUCAUCACCUCCGAUGGUAAGACUAUUACUACCGCCAUCGGACACACCACCAUCGCCCCCGUUGACAACGCCAAUGGUGGUACUCCUGUCUCUAGCGCUGUGUCUACUUCUACCUUCACGACUGUCGUUACCAACGGAGGAUCUACCUUCACAACCACCGGUGAGACCACUUUAUUUGGCAUUGGGGGUGUGCCUGGCGGUGCCUCCUUGCCCCAUCAGACUCAAGUCACGACGGUGCCUGUUGUUAGCACCAUCACCACCGGUGACAGUGUCAUCACGUCAACAAUCGGUUCCACUACCAUCCUAGCCGGACCUGAUCCCACCAGUGUCCAGCCGAGUCAGGAAGCUGAUGUCUCGUCCCACACUGAGACUCAUCAGACGACCCAGUCUCGGACUGGCCAGGCCACCAGCGCCUCUUCCACCGGUCAUGCCCCCAAGCAGACUGCUGGACCUGCUGCUGGCAUCCUCGCAGCUGCCGGUCUUGCUGCUAUGCUCAUGUAG